UCUUUCUUUCUUUCUUCCUUUCUUUACAUUAUAAUGGUCAUCAAUCUAUGUUUAUUCAUCAUCUUCCUCUUCUUGUUUAUUUAUCUGAACAGGUCCCUCCUAUUCAAUCAACUACAAAUCAAGGAAUUUAAAAUCUAUUUUCACCAUGGGCUAGUGAUCGAACUAAGACAUGUCUAUCUGACUAUUGUCAAUAGUAGUAACAGCAGUAGUAGUCAUAGAACAUCCAAGCUCAAGAUGUACCUGUUCAAAUGGAUUUCUAAAUUACCCAUCAUCAUUUACGUUCAAUCCUUAUCCAUUCACUAUAAUCACUUCAUUCUUUAUUGUGACAACCUUCACCUAGUGAAUCAACAACUAGAUUCAAGUAAAAUUCAACUUUUUCAUCAUCAAUCUCAUCUGAUAGAUUUGUCCAAACUCUCAGUCGACCGUUCGCUCUUAUUUAACCUCGACCAGCUGAUUGUCUACGGUCAUCAUUUAUCAAAAUUGAAGCAUGAUCAAGAAAAGCAAGAUGAAACAAAGGACUAUUCUUUAUUCAAAUCGGUUCGUGUAACAGUACGAUCAGUCAAACUCAUUCAUCCCGAUUACUGUUCUGUUGAUAUGCAUUCGAUACAGUUCUCAUUCUAUCCUUCACUGCAACUGAGUGUAUCCAAUAUAGAAUGGAAUGCACUGUUAGAUCAACGCUCAUUCUGCUUGAUAAGCAUGACACAUUUCCAAAUUCAUUCAAACUUACAUCAGGCUUUCAAGUCGUUGACAAUAAUGACCCAAUCACCUAAUAUUGACCUUGACUUACUACGUGUAUUUGUUUCACGACUGCCCUCAUCUAAUUCUUCGUCUAAGCGUCAAUUCAUUUUGCCCAUGUUUACUGCCUCUCUCGUCAUGUACUCUCCUAGGAUAACAUGUUCUCUCUUGUCCAAUCGUCAAGGAUACAUGACUGCAAAUGAUCUCAUUUGGAGAUUGACUGCUGAAUGCCCAGUCUAUUCCAGUCUCCUAGACGCCCAUUUUGCUCAAGAGGAGUAUCAAUGGCUACAUCAUCGCGACUUUUUCAAAAGGAAUACUGCCGCACAAGAUAAAAAGUGGACAAGCCUUAUACAACGUCUGCCACUGAUAGAAUACUCGAAUACAUUGAAAUUGAUGACCAAAGUAGUGCUUCACAAGUUUUCUAUUGGAUACCACAUCAAUGAAGCAAAGAAACAAUGUGUGUCUAUCAAAAGAGCUGCCUUGACGGUCAAAACAAAGCUCGACACAAGUAAAGGGCCGCAGACGCUUUUGAGUUUGACCCAACAGCCCAUACAAGCAGAUGCUGUGAUAGAAAGGCCUGUGAUUUAUCUCUACAACAAUCAGGAUGAUGCAGAUGCAAGUGCCGUGUGGAUCUCGGUACUGGCGCAAGAAGAACAAUCCAUGUCACCUCCUUGGCUAGAGCCACUUCGACAGCACGUAACAUUCUGUCUGGAGCUCUCUAAUCUCUCUGUUUCUUUAUCUUUCAUGGACCUUGGGAAGACGGCCAAUGGCCCCUUACCUCCUAGAGGGUUUAUCGAUAAUACGCCUUCCGAGACAAUAAGCGCUCAGGUGGCACUACACGCACACAGCAUGGCCCUUGUUUUUAAUUCAUCAAAGACACUUCUCCAUCUAUGUGCACUAUCCAUCGAACAGACCUCACAUGUGAUAUCCUCAGAACAACCAGAUCCGCAGUUGAUCCUUUGGAUUUCUGAACUCCAUGUGUCCAGGUACCGAACGUUGGUACCAUUGCAAGUCGUUGCUCAUAUUAAAAAGUACGGUAUUUGCUACUCUGUGAACAACCAUUACGUGUGUUUGUUGAUCGCAAGAUCGCUCUCAAGGUUUCUGUCUUCUCUAACAACAAGAACAGGCCCAGCGACCCCUCAGGAACAGCGAGACGUUCAGUUGGAAAUUUACAUUGACCGUGGUGACGUUCGUUUGAAUCUGGCAAGUACGGCUGACCUUUACCUCCGAAUGGAUCAGGUGUCCUCUGUUCUAUCACCAAACGGUGGAUUUACAGCAAUUGUAGACAAUCUGGCUAUCCUAGGCAUUUCCUGUGACAACAACGGCUGGAACCCGCUUGUAGAGCUUGAUAGCUGUGAGCUCACGCUGGAUGCACACUCGCCCGUGGGCCUUGUCCUCAAAAAGAUCUUCUUACGCGUCCCCUAUCAGUACAUCCUGGCCGAUAUUUUAGAUUGUCUCAUUUGUCAUAUUAAGGCAGUCAAAGACUUGCAUGCGAGAAUAUUGAACAAUAGCGGCAAUCAUUUUACCUACUUUGGCCCUGCAACUAACAAUGUGCCUAUCCAGAUCCAGCCGGUGAAAAUCAAGUCAAAUGUGUUCUUGAUUCAUUUUGAUGACGAUCCAUUCGAGGCACGACUGCAGACAAUAUUUAGAUGCGGUUUAGUAGAGCAGGAAAAGCGCCAAGCAUAUAGGGAGGCGUUUGAGAAAAAGAUCAAUGGAACGCCACAGGAUGAAGCAAAGGAGCAAGACUAUCAAGGCAAUGACCCGACUACAGAGAGAGAGAUCCAGGACGCCGGAGAUGAUCUGUCGAGGCAUUUUUCAAAGCUUUGGAUAAAAAACAUUGAUCGGGCAAUUAGUACCCAAGCGUCCUUUUACGAAACCAUGUAUAUCGCGCAAGAUUAUCGUCAUCCUUUCAACGCAGAUACUCUCGAUAGCGCAUUAGAUCAAGAAGUGAGAGGCCAAGAAGCCUUUGCUUCUUGGUUCCAGAUUGAUAUCCUACCACGCCCGUUAUUCCCACCCUUGGUGAACUUUUCAGCUGAAAAUGCAUGCAUUGAGAUUAACCUCCCUAAAUUCUCACUUGAUGAUACACGAGCCUUUGCACAUGAUCUCGGAGGUGGCAUUUCUUCUAACUUUUCUCUGCUAAUUCCCUUCCAUCUGUCUUUAAAGGCAGGCAGAACCUGGGUAAAGAUACGUGACUAUCCUGUACCUCUCUUGUAUGUGCCUCCAUCUUCUGAUGGCAAUCCUGUAUCUUGGACCCUUGAAGGUGAUUAUAUUGCUGCUGAUGAAGCAGGCGAUUCAAGAGGAAGCCAGGUCAUACAUGUGCCAAUCCUUCCGUCAGGAUACACUCUCUCGGCUGUGCGAACAGCUUCACCUCUCAAGUUUUACUCGGUUAUAGACUACACUGUCACAACUGACGGUAUGUCAAUCAUUGGAUGGUCAAAUUCAUAUAAGCCGGCGAUUCAAGACAUCAUUCGCGUCUUAGAUACUCUCACGGCGGCACCUGUUGAUCCAUCGCCGAAUCUAGGCUGGUGGGACAAGAUUCGUUUUAUCUAUCACUCUCGCAUUAAGAUCAAGUUCCUGUCAGGUGAUCUCGCUUUUGCUAUCAAGGGGACUAGGAAUCCAUAUGAACUCAAUGGCCACGGAGCAGGUAUGGCCAAGGUUUGGAGUAAAGACGUUAUGUGGCUUGUUGGGUACCAGAAUCCACAGCGCGAAUUUAUGCAGAUCAUCAGUCAAGAAUACACGUUUGGUGUUCCUAACCUAGCAAAUGAUUUUAUACCACAAUUACCAGAUACACUGACCAUGAACAACAGGGCAAAUCACAACGAAAGGUUCUUGAAGGUCGUCCUGAAACUGUCGGGUGGUAUAAAGAUGGGUAUCGGCAUGCUAUUUGAACGAUCCAGCUGUGACCGGUCGACUUGCAUAGGACAUGACGCGCUACAUCCAAUUGAACGGUGCAGGACAAGUGCAUUUAUACCACAUCAUCAAGUCACGUUCAAGUCGCCUCAGUACGUGGCCACACAUGAGGUUAUGGAUACACACGAUUCUUACCACGGGUUUCGAUCCAACUUUAUUCAUCUAUCAUUUAGCAUUGUUCAGCUAGAAGAUCUAGAUAGCCAUGUUCCAGAUGAUGCUCAGCUCUAUGGCAGUAGUAGGCCGCACAAUGCCAUGUACCUCAGUCAAUGCUUCAUAGAAUACUUUUCAGCCUGGUACGACCUCUUUGGUGGUCCACUUAGCCUACCGGUACGUCAAGGACCAUUUUGGACAGACAAAACAGAGAGAACAAAAGGCUAUGGAGAUCAUCUCGACACUGUCAAGUACAAGAUCGUUCUCAAUUCACUCUCAGUUGGCUUCUUUUGUUCAGAGGAAGAAUCAUAUUUGAGAAACGGCAAACGCUCUCUUGGACUCAAGGCGCACGCUCGUGAUUUUGUUGUGGAUCUUCAUUCACAAAGAGAGCUACUCAAGCAUCAAGAUACUGUCAAAGUCGAACGUGUUUUUCAUGAAGCUAAAUUGCAGAUGAGCGAUAUUGACCUGCGCGCUGUUAAGGCGAGUAACAGCCAAAAAGCAAAGAACCAUAGAAAUAGCUUGUUCUAUAUGGAUGCUCCUCUCCAGGAUAUAUAUAGCUGCAAAUGGAUUGAUCCCGGAGAUUACAUCUUGUUGGAUCCUUUAUCAACCGCCAGUAACAAACCGGUGUACUUGAAUGUAGAAGUUUAUCCAUUUUUGUUCUCUCCGUUAUUUUACUUUGUAAAGCAGCAUGAUGAAGAUGGAAUCAAUAAGCGUGAAUAUUUACGUAUGACCCACGAUUGCACUAUAAAUGAUAAAAUAGAUGCUUAUGAAUUCCAGAAAGCUUACUUGAAUCGACGUGCUGUCGAAUUAGAUAAUCUUAUUGAAGAAUAUGAUCAACAGCUGGAUACAGUCAUUCAAGCUCUUGAUACAUGUGGAUACAAAGAAUAUCCCGAGCUAAAGAAUCAGCAUAGCACUCUUUCAAGCAAGAUAGAUUACUUGCGAAACAAGAGAUAUAUUCUUCACAAUUACAUUGGCCAAGUCAUCUUUGAAUCUGAAUUUAACAAUGAAGGAUCAAGUUUUAUUCAUACAACAACAUCAUCUGUUAUCUUUCGCGACGAGUUGUCUAGAUGGGAAACACUCAUGGGUCAUUUCAAGAAUCGAUGCUUCAUCCAUAACCCACAAAUUAUAUGGAACGACUCUAUUCGAGACAUUGUCAUCUAUUGGAAUGAGUUGAAGUCAAGCCGAUCUGUACAAGCAUACAAUCUAUCUGCUCGCUGUCUUCAAUAUCUUUCCGGACUGGCUAAUUCAGUUGAUGAACAGCAGCGCUGGAAACCUGAUGUUCCUGACAGUGUAGACAAUCGUGCCACUGAGGAAAUGGCAAAGGAGCUGCUGCAAAAACUUUUGUCUGAAAGGGAGACCAAUUUUGUAGCUUACAAUGAGAUAGAAGAGGCCAAGAGAGAAGAAAAGAACCAUGAUGGAAUCUAUGCAUUUGACAAUUUAAACGAUGACCCAGAUUAUCAAUACAACUCUAUACCUGAGUAUUACGAAAUGAGGAGCAAGUUUGUUGUUGAGAUGAUACAUCCACAAGUUAUCCUUCAAAGCGAAAGAGGAUUGGAUCAUCUUGCUUUAGUGACAAAUCAAAGAAUGCAAAUCAAGAGCUUUGAAAUUCUUGAUAAUAGUGACGAUUCUGCAGAAAAGAAUAUCAAAUUAGUCAAAAACAGAUGUAUUAUGGGCUUAAACAAUGCACAACUAUUUAUAGCCAGUCGUUUAGGGUCAAACGAGGAACUAGAUCUCAUUCAGCACAUAUAUGGUAACAACAAUCCCAAGAAACACUGGGCGGCUUGGAUACAGCCUGAGCAGUUAUGGCAAUAUCAGGACUUGAAAUACUUUGAAAACUUUCAGCGUAUUGCUUCUCAACUCUCUGGUGCAAUCCAGCUUGAUUCCUAUAAUCCGUUGCGAAUCAAGGCCAACAAGUAUCUCUCAAGUCGAUAUAACCCCUUUGAGGAUCGCAGUAAUACUGUGCAGUUGCACUUUCCUCAGCUCAAAUUAGCUGCUAAUUCGUUACAGAGUCAUGUAUUGUAUUACACUAUAUCCAACCUUGUACUUGGCAGGAGCUUGAUAUCCGGUAAAAAAAAGCGCAUGGAGCUCUUUCAGGAAAUUAUGUUAGCAGCUGAACGUAGCGACCUCGCUCAGUCAAUAAAACAAGUUGCCGUACUUCAAGCACAGUCAAGGUUUCUCAUUAACAUGCAUAAACGGUUCUUAAAUGAACUGCCAAAUCUAGAUGAUGAGGCCAUUCAGCAAUAUCAGGUGAACAAGAAGAAAGCUUUCGAUAGUUUAGAACGUUUGUAUCUCGUGGUAGAAGCUAUCAAGUCAAUCCAGACAUUUAGACAAGAUAACCAUUUGAAAGAAAGCGGUACGGCCAUGAAGCUCAAUUUUACUGCUGAUGAAAUUGUGUGGGAAGCGCUUAUGGUGGAGAAAGGAAAAGAGACAUCGCUGUGUAAAUGGACUCUACAAGAUAUUAAGUAUUCAUUUAUUCGUAAGCCAACUGGCUCAAGUAGACAUAUGAUAGAAGUAGACAGGAUGCAAAUUAUAAAUACUACAGAGUCGCCUGUGUUUGUUCAUGUCUUGGAUGCACAUGUUGAUCAAAAAACAUCAUCCAGGGACAAGAUAUUACGUGGGGUUUUGGAUACCCUUCCGCCUGUGGGAGGAAUACCUAUCAUUCAACAAUUAGAAGUGCACGUCGCCCCUCUUCAUCUACAGAUCAGUAUGGCUUUUGGGACCGCUUUGAAAGACUAUUUUUUUCCAAGAAUUACCGUAGUCGAGCCAGAGAAGGACAACAGGGAUGAUGAUGACGAAGAAGAGGAUACUCAAAGUAUGACAGAUGGGGAGAUGGAUGAAAACGAGGAAUCGAUCUCAAUUCGUCCAAAGUUGAGUAGACAUAGCAGCUCAAGAUAUACUUCUAGUCGAUUUUCUUUAAAGACAGAAAGUAGUCGUACAAGUAUCGAGAUGCUGGCAAAGAUGAUGAAAGACGCUUUACAGGGCAAACCAAAACUAAAGCAGGAUGAAUUAGCUAUCAUGAAGAACCGCUCAUCAACUAACAGGACCUUCAUUUAUGUAAAGAUAUCAGGAGCAAAACACUGUAUUAGCUUACGUGGACCAUCUCGAAAUACGUUGUAUAACAUUUAUAAUUUUUCUUUUAAGCAACCCAGCAUUGAGUAUAGAAACAAGACAUGGUCUGUAGCCAAAAUGGUAGAAGAAAUACAAAAGCAAUUCCUUCAUGCUAUCCUAAGACACAGUCCAGCUAUGAUAAAGAAAAAGCUGUUAUCCAAUAGAAAAGAUAAUAGUCGAAAAUCAUUAGAAACAGAUAGGGAGGAACACGUUGAACUUACAAACAUGAUGAGUGAUUCUUUGAUUGGAAGCAUUAGAUCUACAAAAUCAUCUGAAUACAGCUCAAGUGAUAAACAGGCACGAUCUUCUAAAUCAGUAUCCAUUUAUACAAGUGAAGAAGAGAAUGAAGACAUAAAAUCAUUGUAUUCUGAUCCUGAAGAUCAUCUGAGCAAUGAACACAAAAACGUAGACAAACAGAUGGCAGCGAUAUAUCUUGAAAAGUUUAAGCCAUUUGACGACAUAGUCGAGAAGGGACAACUCUUGUUUGGUAAAUCCUAUAAUGGACCAAAUCCUGUAAACUGAGAUGGUUGGACGAAAUAAAAAAUAAUUUAGAAACUUUACUCUUUUUUUGAGGCCAAUAUUUUUAGACGUGAUGCUUUUGCUUGAAGUUGCUACUCUCUAUUUCAACCCUAGCCCAAUAACUUAGGAAAUACCUAAUCUAUCUUUGACAGUUUUCAACAGCAAUCCGAAGUAUC